AUGGCCUGUUGGUUCCCGUUUCCGCUCCCAGGCCAUUUACUGGGCUUCCUUAGAUCUUCACCGAGCACAAACUCCCGUCAACAAACCGGCCGUGUUUUCAUCGUCACGGGCGGCAAUGCGGGCGUCGGCUACGAGCUUGUCAGAGUCCUAUACACUACCGGCGCCACUAUUUACAUGGCGUCGAGAUCCAAACAAUCACCAGCCCCCAAAAACCCUGGCAACAUCAAAAUCCUCCUUCUCGACCUCAACGACCUCGAAAGCGUGAAGUCAGCCGCUGCGUUAUUUACCCAGCAAGAAUCAAGACUAGACGUUCUACGGAAUAAUGCCGGAACCGGCGCGCUAGGCGUCAAGGUCGGUACGCGGACAAAACAGGGCUUUGAAGCUAUGCUAUUGAUUCCCCAACUCCGUGCAGCCGUCACCACCGCUCCGCGCGGUUCGGUCCGCGUCGUGUGGGCCUCGAGCUUCCUGGGCGACGCAUCGUCGCCCACCAACGGCAUCCAGUUCAGCACUCUUGAACAGGGCACCUCGGACCGCACCCGAAACUACGCCGUGUCCAAAAUCGGCAACUGGGUGCUGGGUCGCGAGGUGGCUACCCGCUAUCCCGAUAUUGUCUCCGUGACGCAGAAUCCUGGGAACCUCAAGGAUGGCUCGUACGCCGGGACGCCCGCCUUGGCCAUGUUCUUCAUAAACCCGUUGCUCUACGAUGCCAAGUUUGGCGGGUAUACGGAGCUCUUCGCGGGCCUGUCGUCCGAGAUUUCUCUCGAGAAUAAUGGCGUUUACGUCAUCACUUGGGGCCGCAUUCGCCCAGACUCGGACUGCCCGAGGAAGGACAUUAUCAAUGCGUUGAAGCCCGAGGCCGAUGGCGGUUUAGGGUAUGCUGCGAAGUUUUUGUGA